AUGCCUCAAGCUCAGCCAGAGCUCAAGAAAUACCUCGACAAAAGGCUCUUCGUGCAGCUAAACGGAAGCCGAAAGGUUAUUGGUGUCCUCAGAGGUUACGAUGUUUUCCUAAAUAUUGUUCUGGACGAUGCAGUUGAGGAAAAAGACGGCGGAGAGAAGGUCAGAUUGGGCAUGGUUGUCAUUCGCGGGAACUCAGUUGUCAUGCUCGAGGCUCUGGAAAGAAUAGGCGGUGGAAGAGAGCAGAGAGGAGGAGAUUAG